GCCGCCACACGUGGGCCGCGGCGGUACUCGGCUCACCCGUCAACACAAACAAUGGACCCCGUGCGGCCGCCAACGGUGUGGGUGGACGGCCGCUGUUACCGCGUCGCCAGCCCGCCCACGACCACCUCCACCACUAACUAUGCCGAGGCUGACACGUAUGGCUAUGAGGAGAGUGUGUAUCAGGAUGAGGUGGACUGCGCCGCGGAACAGGAGGACUUCACGGUGGAGCAGAUCAGCAACGGCAGAUUCCAGACAUCAUUCCACGUUGCUAACUCGUACAUUCCCUACCUGAUCGGCGGCAAGGGCUCCACCAAGAACCGGAUAGAGAGGGAGACCUUCACCACACUCAAGUUUCCUGGGAAGGGACAAGAAGGCGAUAUUGUUGUCAUGGGGCGGGAUGUGAGAACGGUGCGUCAGGCUCGGAUCAAGCUGGAGAUGCUGGUGGAGCAGGCGCGCAAGAGGCAGAACCCCACACACUUCAUCUCCAUACCCGCCAACACCCCGGCCAUCCAAGAGAAGUUCCUCGAGUUUAAGAAGGAGGUCUUGGAGAAGUGUGGGGACAGCCGAGGGGUAGAGGAAUCCAUCUUCCAGGAGCCCAUAAAGCUUCACCUGACCUUGUGUGUGCUGGCGCUGGCCGACGAGAGGGAGCGACAGCAGGCUCUGGACGCACUGAAGAGCUGCUCCGAAAUGCUGAGGAGACAGCUGGGAGAGGAGAAACUGCGACUUGAGAUGAAGGGAAUCGAGAUCAUGAAUGACGACCCGGGUGAGGUGGAUGUCCUCUACGGGCGGGUGAACGCUCUCAGCUGGUCACACUCCCUACAGACCAUCGCCGACUCGCUGGUGGGGGAGCUCAUGAAGACGGGUCUGGUCACAAGGUCGAAGGAGAGGGUCAAGCUCCACGUCACGCUCAUGAACAGUUCCUUCCGCCAGCAGGGUGACGACAGCGGCGAGGACGUGACCCCCAAGGCACGGGAGUCAUUUUGCGCUAAAAAUAUCCUCAAGUGUGGCGAUGGUGUUGAUCUCGACGGGUCCACCAAUGCGCCGGAAACAUUCUGUGCUAUAAAGAUUUUCAAGGAGUUUGGCGACUACGAAUUUGGAGUGUUCGAUGUCGAGGAGGUCCAUCUCUCGAUCCUGCACACUGCGACCAGCACCAAGUAUUACACGGCCACAGGGAAGAUCUCCACCCUGCCUGAGAAGCCUUCGUAGGGACUUGAGAAGGGGGCGAAAAUGUUAGGUGAGGAAGGACCGAGAUGAGGCUGGGGAGGGAUGGACGGAGUGAGAGAAAGCAAGCGUCAGUCCACAUCAGUGCUUGCAAUUCUCCCAUUCAAACAGUUCCUUGUGUUACGUAGGUGGUGCUCAGGUUCUUGUCACUAGGCGUUGGAACCACUGGGGUAGAGGAGAGGGGAUAGUGUAGAAGGGUAGUGUAGAUAUUCCAUAGCUCUUUGAUUUUUCUGUAUUUUUGGUCUAUAUUCUCAGCAUUUCAGGGCUCACACACCCACAUUUGGCAAGGCUUUCGUAGAGGUUGUUGUGUUAGUAUGUCCAUGGGUAGUUUUAUGAGCCUGGUGAUAGUUUGACAAGGCCUUUGCACCAGGAAUAUGAAAAAACACUCGUAAGAACUUGACAUUUGGUAAGGCUUUCACAGAGGUUGUUGUGUUAGUAUUUCCAUGGUGGGUAGUUUUAUGAGCCUGGUGAUAGUUUGACAAGGCCUUUGCACCAGGAAUAUGAAAAAACACUCGUAAGAACUUGACAUUUGGUAAGGAUUUCAUUGAGGUUGUUGUGUUAAUAUCUCCAUGGGUAGUUUUAUGAGCCUUGUGAUAGUUUGACAAUGGAAAACAUGGAGAAGGUGUAUACAGGAAGACUUGGUAUUGAUGGGAUUGGAUGAAGAUCAGGCAGGAGACAGAGUAGAAUGGAGGUGAUGGUUUUACAAGGCCUCUGCAUUGUGAAUAUGAUAACCACACACGAGAACCUGACUCACCUCCUUCGCUGUGGCCUUGUUAAAUAGUUGCUUUGAGCGCCGGAAGUGUUUGAGAAUGGUUUGCAUUUGUGGUCAAUUUUACGUCGGAACAUUGAUAGCAUUGAGGCACGUUUCUUUGUCUUGGAUAAUUCUCUCUCGGAUAAAGGCUUUCUCUUCUCUCUUGUUUUAUGAGGUUGUUUUUAUCUCUGCCCUUGUAUGUGUGUGUGUGUGUACAGGAAGCAAGGUAUAUACAAGAUGCUGGUGGUGAUUAAGAUGAUUAAGUUUGAUUUAUAUGUACGAGAGGAUGUCAUCAAGUAAUAAAAGGAUAAAGGUG